GUACAAAAAAGAUGAAACGGUUUCUAGAGUAUUGGAUUCAAAUUGACCGGUUUCUAGAUAAUUCGCAGUAUGAAUAAGUCUUUCAAUUUCAAAUUUUUGAUAUCAAAGUGAAUGUUUUUGUGUGAAACUAAUAUUUUCGUUUCUUCUUUUGAGCAACCUAAUAUUUUCUUUUGAUUUUAAUUUUCUUUUUUUGUGACAAAGCCUCUGCAAGAAUUUCUGUUGAUGACACCAUCUGGUGCGUACUUCACAGAUACAAACGCACGAUUAGGUCACCCUCUGGCUUUGUGAAAGAAGCACUCAUCUCUAAACGUUUUGUUACUUUACAAACAUGAUUAAUAGUAAUAUUAUGGGAUUCUUUAUUAUAAAUAAUUUGAUUAAUUGUUAACCUGUAACUUGGUUAUUAUUCUAAUGUUGAUGAGCACAUAUAAAGGAAAGAGAAAAGGCCAAAAACCAAAGAAAAUAUCCUUUUUAUCAUCUCCUUGCCAUGAUGAGAACGCUUGACCUUUAAGUAUAUUUUCUUUACUGUGAGUGUCCAAAGAAACUCGAAAACACUUCAUCACUCAACUUCAUGAUCAUGAAUUGUUUCUCUGCUUAUCUAUUCAGUUAGCUAUUGUAACUUUGGUGCAAGCUUAUUGGAUCUAUACUUGAAGUGUUAGAGAACAAAGAGGAGAUGAUGAGUUCCUUUUCUCCAACUCAACUUGCAUCUUUAAGAGACAUGGGAAUCUAUGAACCAUUUCAACAACUUGUCUCUUGGGGGAAUGUCUACAAAUCUGAUAUCAAUGAUCAUAGUCCAAACACUGCUUCUUCCUCUGUUAUUCAAGUGGAUACUAGAGUUGAUGAUCACAACAACAUCAUCAAGUCCAAUUAUGCUACUUCUCCACAUAACCAGAUCGAAGCAGAACCUUCUAGUAAUGAUCAUCAGGAUGAUGAUUGUGAUGAUGAUCAUGGCAAGAUUCAUGAUAAGAUGAAACGGCGUUUAGCUCAGAACCGAGAAGCUGCUCGCAAAAGUCGUUUGAGAAAGAAGGCUUACGUUCAGCAGCUAGAAGAAAGUCGUUUGAAGUUAUCGCAGUUAGAACAAGAACUUGAAAAGGUCAAGCAACAUGGAUUACGUGUAAGCAACUCAAUACCAUCUGGAACCAUUAUAAACACAAGGAUUGCUACAUUUGAGAUGGAGUAUUCACACUGGCUUGAAGAACAAAGCAGGAGGGUUAGCGAGC